AUGUUCAAAUGGUUCAUUUUAGCCUCCGUCUUCGGCUUAUUGGGGCCUGGAGCUUCAAAGAGCGCGGCUGAAAGCGCCGGACUAGCGCUGCGUGAAGCUGCAAAAGAGCAGCAGCAGCAGCAGCAGCAGCAGCAGGCUGCUGCCGGCAGCCAGCAGAACGCAACUUACCUAGCGAAUCUGAUGAGCUCUCCUCCAAACAUUGCUUUAAAGGUGCAGCCGGCGCGGAGUUUGCGUUUCAGCAAGUCGCAGCUGAAUAGUUUGUUGAUAGAUCUGCGGCACGAAAUAAAGGCUCAACUGCAGGCGAAAUGGCCGAGGAUGAAAGACAGAGGCAAAAGAUCUCUUCGACUUGGGCUGCUCAAGGCUCUCCCAUUUGGGUUCCCAAGGAAGCACGGGGAGCAGCAGCAGCAGCAGCAGCAGCAGAAAUGA